GGCACACGCCCCUUGCACACGAAAUGUGAGAGGCGGGCGGGCUGACAGGAAGCAACAAUAUGGCGGCGUUCGUGUUGUCAACCCUUGAGCUCCUCGUUGCGUGAACGCGGGAGAGCCGUCACGAUGAGCCUCUGCGCGCACUUUGUCCGACAGGCAGAGGCCCUCAAGGCGGACAUGACAGACUCCAAGCUGGCGGCGGCUGAGGCGUGGACGUCCCGCCAGGCCCUGCAGGACUUGUACCAGAAGAUGCUGGUCACAGACCUGGAGUAUGCUUUGGACAAGAAGGUGGAGCAGGACCUGUGGAACCACGCCUUCAAGAACCAGAUCACCACCUUGCAGAGCCAGGCCAAGAACCGUGCCAACCCCAACCGCAGCGAGGUCCAGGCCAACCUGUCCUUGUUCCUGGAGGCGGCCAGCGGCUUCUAUACUCAGCUGUUGCAGGAGCUUUGCAGCGUCUUCAACGUUGACCUACCGUGUCGCGUCAAGUCUUCGCGGCUGGGUAUCCUCGGCGGCGGACCCAACGGCAGUAGCAUUGUGACACCACAGCCCAGCUCCUGCUCGUACAUCUGCCAGCACUGCCUGGUGCACCUGGGCGACAUCGCACGCUACCGCAACCAGACCAGCCAGGCCGAGUCCUACUACCGGCACGCCGCCCAGCUGGUCCCGUCCAACGGUCAGCCGUACAACCAGCUGGCCAUCCUGGCAUCUUCCAAAGGAGACCACCUCACCACCAUCUUCUACUACUGCCGCAGCAUCGCUGUCAAGUUUCCCUUUCCCGCCGCCUCCACCAACCUGCAGAAGGCGCUGUCCAAGGCUCUGGAGAGCCGCGAGGAGUCCAGAGGCAAGUGGAGUGUGUCCGACUUCGUCAGGGCCUUCAUCAAGUUCCAUGGGCACGUGUACAUGAGCAAGGGAUUGGAGCAGCUGGACGCUUUGAGGCAACGUCUGGAGGAGCAAUUCCAGAGGCUGAUCCUGCAGAAGGCCUUCAGCUCGCAGCAACUGGUCCACGUGACGGUCAUCAACCUGUUUGCGCUGCAUCACCUGCGAGAAACGGCAGCCGACGGCCAACAGAUGGUCAGCUGGCUCCAGCUCCUCGGCCUUUUCAUGUCCUUCCUGGGCCUCAUGUGCAGCCGGGUUCUGCUCAACAAGAACCAUGGCAGUGGCAAAGAGGAAGAGGAGGAGGUGGCAGGAGAGUGUCCUCUACCAGCCAUCAAAGUUUCCCUGGAUUGGCUCCGCCUGAAGCCCGGCGUGUUCCGCGAGCCCGCUGUGGACCAGAGGCAGCACAUCUGGCCCUGGCUGGUCUCCAUCCUCAACAGCUUUCAGCCCAAAGACCAGCACGUGUCUACAUCUUCAGUGACGCCACUGCCGGAGGAGUUUGAGCUUCAAGGCUUCCUGGCUCUGCGGCCAGCUCUCAGGUCAGUGGACUUCAGCAAAGGUCACCAGGGCGUUCCGGUGGACCGCGAUGUGUUUCUGCUGCGCACGCGCCAUCAGAGACUGGUCGUGCUGGGAAAGUGGAUCGCCGACAACCAGCCGGGGCUCAUCCAAUGUCGCGCCAGCGAGGACGGCCUGCUGCUCUUUCUCAGCGACAUUCCCGAGCAGGCCAUCCAAGAGCCGGCGCAAGAGGAGGCGUGCGUGCUGCAGGAGGCGUCCAACGGUGAGGGCGGCAUCGCCGGCCUCAAGUCAGUCCUGUCGGUGGGAAAAGCCGGCAACGCGUGGGCGGACGGCGCCGAGCGCCCCGUGGUCACUUUCAAGGAAAACAUCAAGCCGCGCGAGCAGAGCCGGGAGCCCGCUCGGGUGCCGCAUCAGAGGGACGGUGGGAAAGAGCGCCGCGACUCGGCCAAAGGAAACGGGCCGGCACCCUCUCCCUUGGUGGCCAAAAGCGAACCCAAGCGAGACGGCAAGAGGAAGUGCGAGACCAAGAAACCUGCUCAGGAGAAAGUUCCGGAAGCUGGAAAACAGGUGAAAGCUCAAACAGAGCUGAGGAAGACUCCGGUCACUCAACCGCAAGCAGCAACGUGCGCCGCUUCCCAGUUCAUCCCCAUCCAUCACCCCGGAGCUUUCCCGCCUCUGCCCAGUCGGCCCGGCUUUCCACCGUCCACCUUCGUCAUCCCUUCUCCCCCGGUGGCGUUCCCGGGCCUGCAGGUGAAUCCGGGCUUUGCCUUCUCGGCGGGUGUGUCGGUGCCGGCCGCCUUCCUGCAGGCCCAGGCGGGCUCACAGGCGGCCGGCGGCGGCAAGCCGUCGCACAUCCCGUACAGUCAGCAGAGACCAUCCGGGCCUGGCGCCUCGGGGCUCGGCCAGCAGCAGCCGCAGCUGCCCCACUCGCAGCUGCAGGUGUCGUCACCCGGCAAACCCGUCCAGCCGUUCGCCAUGGCCAAGAGCCCGCCCCACCUGCAGCAGGCGUUUGUGCAGGAUGCGCAGCUGUGGAGUCCCAGCCAGGCGGCGCUGCAGAAGCUUCCGCCAUCCGUUCAGAUGUCGCUGAAGUCACAAAGCUUCUACCUGACGCCUCAAGACACCGUCAAAGUGUACGAACACCAGGUAGCGCCACCGCCCGCCGCCGACAAGCAGAUGAAGUUCCCGCCCUACUGGGACGCCGCCUCCUUCCGGCCGCCCGAUGACAGGACGAGGCGGCCCCUGGAGCAGGACAUGGCGGCCAGAGGAGGGGGGCCCUUUGAGGGGACCUCGCGCUCGCCUCUUCUCCCUCCUGACCUGUUGAACUCUCUGGCUGCCGAUGUGGACGACCGGGACCAGCCGCUCUUUUCUAAGUCUCCCGAUUUGUCCCGGGCUCUGUCCGCUCCUCUUAGCUCGCUUGCCGGACCCAACAUGUUUCUGCCCAAUCACAGCAGGCAGACAGACGGCGGCCCCCGAGCGCCCGGCCAAUCGUCUUCCCUCCUGUCCGCCGCGCAGGAGUACAACCAGAACAGCAUCUUCAGUCAAGCCUACGGGAAGAAGAUGGCGGCGAGCUCCAAGUGCGACGCUCCCUCACUGCAGCAGGAGACGUCGCUCUACUCGCUGUUUGAGUGGACGCCAUGGUCGCCCUCACUGCCCGCCAGCUCAGAUCACUCCACCCCGGCCAGCCAAUCCCCUCACUCGUCCAACCCCAGCAGCCUGCCGUCCUCCCCGUCCACCCACAACCACGCGGCGGCGCAGGCGGCCUUCUCCAAUUUCGGGCCCAUCGGCGCGCCAGACAGUCGUGAGCGCAGAGCGCCGGACCGCUGGAAGGCCGACAAGACAGGCGGCACCAGCGGCUUGGGGUUAGACUACCUGCCGGCCGCCGCCUCGGAUGCCGGCUGGCACCAAGCCCCACCCGGCGGUAGCUCUUGGGCCAAUCAAGAGUCUCCCAUGGAAGAGUCGUCCUCCAGCGUUCUGCUGGACAGCUUCAAGUCAAUCUGGUCCAGCUCGAUGAUGCAGCCGGGCCCGUCGGCACUGGAGCAGCUUCUUCUGCAGCAAAAGCAGAAACAACAGCGAGAAUACGGCGCCAUGAACCCGCCGCACUGACCUCCCCUGCCCCGUACGAUGACAUCAUCGACAUCAUGGCUGCCACACUUUGACGAACGCCAGCAACCGUUGGUGGACGCCGGGGGGGUUGGAGAGGCGUUGCCCUCUCCGCCCUUGAAAAACAAGACCAAACAGGAUGAGACGAGGCCGCCUCCACUGAAAGGGGGUGGGCUGAUGCCAACAAGGGGCGUCGCGACACCGCACGCAUGUCAUCAUUGCUAACAAAAAAGGCGCGCACACAGAACAAAAGCACACACGCAUGCGUGAGUGGACAGGCAGAACUGGUUUGUCCACGCUGGACAUCCGCCAAGUCCACUGCUGCAAGUAUGAGGGGCAGCGAGGACCCCGCGGUGGUCAGGUGACCUGAAGAUGGAAUUCCUCACUAUUUCCAUUCGUCGGAAAGGAAGACGAGGAGGAUGUCUCAAAAUGUCUGGCGUGCCAGGUGUACAAAACGGUGUCGUUAGUGAUUUGUCAUUUGCCGUCUUUUAGGGUGACAGCUGCUGUAAUCAUCUCGCCCGCUAGCUCAAUAGUUUAGCCCGUGUUAGCAUUUCUUCCUCUUGUGCCAGUUCUCGAGCAGACGGGAAGUCUUCUGGACGAUUCAUUUUAAACUUAACGACGACGGGAGGAUGAGGAACAAAGAGUUGUCUGCUUUAUAAAUUUUAGCGUUGCGGAGGCAUGCGACAAUGUGUGACCGCUGGCCCGAAGCCCCGCCUCCUCUCACUUGCACGCCCAUGAAGGGGAAACGCUUGCCGAUGAAAGUGGCCCGUCUCGACGUUGACAGACGGUGUGUAGGAAAUGCUCAUAAUUGCGUGACGAAGAUCAUGGGCUGCUACUGCUCUUCUUUUUGUGUUUUUGCUGCCAAUAAAUAGGAAAUCUCUCAUG